AUGCUUCGCUCCAAACACCUUCUCGUUAACCGUCGCAUGGGUGUUUGUCUUACGUCCAUGCAACAGACACGUGAUGCUAGUACGAUUAAGAAACUCAUGGCUGCUAACCGCGGUGAAAUUGCGACACGUAUUAUGCGUGCUGGCAAUGAAUUGGGUAUUCGUACGGUCGGUAUUUUCUCCAAGGAAGAUCGCUUUACACAACAUCGCUAUAAAGCUGAUGAAAGUUUUCUUGUAGGUGAAGGGAAAUCACCCGUAGGCGCUUAUCUAGAUAUUGAGAGUAUUAUUCAAAUAGCAAAGGAAAAUCAGAUUGAAGCUAUUCAUCCAGGAUAUGGAUUUCUUAGUGAAAAUGUAGGUUUUGCUCAAGAAUGUGCUAAGAAUGGAAUCAAGUUUGUUGGUCCUACACCUGAGAACUUGCAACGAUUUGGUGACAAAACAGCAGCGCGUGAAAUUGCCAUUGAACAGAAGGUUCCAGUCGUACCAGGCACGGAUGGACCUGUUCACAAUCUGGAUCAAGCACGUGCUUUUGUUGACUCGGGUGUUGGCUAUCCUGUGAUCAUCAAAGCUAGCAUGGGAGGAGGUGGACGUGGUAUGCGUGUCGUCACGUGUGCUGAAGAGCUCGAAGAGAACUUUGAGCGUGCUAGUUCCGAAGCUCUGGCAGCUUUUGGUGACGGUACCGUCUUUAUUGAGCGCUACGUAGACCGUCCACGCCAUAUUGAGGUACAGAUCCUUGGUGAUGGCCAGGGUAACGUCGUGCACUUGUUCCACCGUGAUUGCAGUGUGCAGCGUCGUCACCAGAAGGUGCUUGAGACGGCUCCCGCGGUGGGUCUUGACCCCAAGACUGAAAAGGCGAUGAUUGACGACGCUGUCCGUCUCACUAGUGCUGCCAAGUAUUUGAACGCAGGUACCGUCGAAUUCCUCGUGGACCAGCAGGGUCGUCACUAUUUUAUUGAAGUGAACCCCCGGAUCCAGGUUGAGCACACGAUUACGGAAGAAAUUACGGGCAUCGAUCUUGUGCAGAGCCAGAUCCGUAUCGCUGGUGGUGAGACUUUCAAGGACUUGGGUCUCAGCCAGGACAAGAUCAAGCCACGCGGGCAUGCCAUGCAGUGCCGUGUGACCACGGAAAACCCGAGCACGGGUUUCCAACCGGACUCGGGUGUUAUUGAGGUGUUUCGUAGCCCAGGAGGCAUGGGUAUCCGUCUUGACGACGGUCCUGGAUUCGUCGGCGCUCACAUCACCCCUCACUAUGACUCAUUGCUUGUCAAGGUGACUGCACGUGCUUUAGAUCGUGGUGACUGUGCGCGCAAGCUAAAGCGUGCGCUGUCUGAGUUCCGUGUGCGUGGUGUAACGACUAACAAAAGCUUUCUGACUAACGUACUAAAUCACCCAGACUUCAUUAAGGGCAUUGUUGACACCAGCUUCAUUGCUACAAACCCAGACCUGCUGCUGCCGUCGAAGUCAACGAAUCGUGGCCAGAAAAUGCUCAAGUACAUUGGCAAUACGAUUGUGAAUGGUCCAGAGAAGGCACUAGGUGCUACUGGGCCCGCUCCGUCCAAAGUUGACCCGCUCAUUCCUUCUCUGUCGGCGCCGCCUGCUUCCAAGGAGAAGACGCUGCGCCAGAUCUACGUCGAGCAGGGCCCAGAGGCUUUUGCAAAGGCUGUUCGUGCCAAGAAGGGUCUGCUGCUAACUGACACCACGUGGCGUGAUGCUCACCAGUCCCUGCUUGCGACUCGUAUGCGCACGCGCGACAUGCUUGCCAUUGCUCCAGCUACUUCCAUUGCCAUGCGUGAUGCCUUCUCGAUCGAGAUGUGGGGUGGCGCGACGUUUGAUGUGUCUAUGCGCUUUUUGCGUGAAGAUCCGUGGGACCGUCUUGCGAUUCUGCGUGAGGCUGUGCCUGACAUUCCGUUCCAAAUGCUACUCCGUGGCGCCAACGCUGUAGGUUACACGAGCUACCCGGAUAACGUGGUGUACAAGUUUUGUGAGAAGGCGCAGGCUACUGGUAUGGAUGUGUUCCGUGUGUUCGACUCGCUGAACUACCUUGAGAACAUGAAGCUAGGCAUUGACGCUGUUGGUGCUGCCGGUGGUAUCAUCGAAGCUGCUAUGUGUUACACUGGCGAUGUUUCAGAUCCGACCCGUGGUCCCUACAAUCUCGAGUACUACUUGGAUUUCGCACGUCAGUUGGUGUCGCAGGGCAUCCAUGUGCUGGCCAUCAAGGAUAUGGCAGGUUUGCUUAAGCCCAAAGCUGCGAAGAUCUUAAUUUCUGCCAUCCGCAAGGAGUUUCCGGACUUGCCGAUCCACGUUCACACGCAUGACACGGCCGGAACGGGUGUAAGCUCAAUGCUUGAAGCUGCGUACGCUGGUGCAGAUGCUGUUGAUGUAGCUUCGGACGCCAUGUCAGGCACGACCUCGCAGCCGUCGAUGGGUGCGAUUGUCGCGGCCCUGAAGGGCUCAGAGCACGACACGGGCGUAAACUCUGAAGACAUCAUGGAAAUCAAUGAUUACUGGGAGACGCUUCGCGGCGUCUAUGCGCCGUUCGAGUCUGGCCAGAAGUCUGGUUCGGCUGAUGUGUACAAUCAUGAAAUGCCUGGCGGUCAGUACACGAAUCUGCUUUACCAAUCGACGCAGCUCGGUCUUGCGGGCCAGUGGCCGGCAAUCAAGCGCGCUUACGCAACAGCGAACCGGCUCCUGGGUGACAUCAUUAAGGUAACGCCUUCUUCCAAGGUGGUAGGCGACUUUGCUCAGUUCAUCGUGCAGAACAAGCUCACGGAGCAGGAGGUGGUUGACCAGGCCGAGACGUUGUCGUUCCCUAAGUCAGUGGUCGAAUACUUUCAGGGUUACCUGGGUAUCCCGCACCAUGGCUUCCCGGAGCCGCUGCGUUCGUGUGUACUGAAAGGCAAGCUGCUACCAAACGGUCAUGAAAUGUUUGAGGCCCGCCCUGGUGCUGAAAUGCAGCCGUAUGAUUUCGAUGCAGCAGAAAAGGAGCUGAAGGAGCAGUACGGCGAGGAAAAGAUCCGUGACGUCGAUGUGAUUUCGCACGCUAUCUAUCCGGACGUGUUUGCUGACUUCAUGAAGUUUAAGGACGAGUACGGUUCGUUGCACUUCCUGGACACGCGUACGUUCCUGACAGGUCUUGAAGUGGACACGGAAGUUGAGAUUGAGAUGGAGCACGGUAAGACUGUGUUUAUUAAGCUCAUUGCAGUUGGUGGCGUGAGCAAGAAGGAUGGUCUACGCGACGUCAUUUUUGAGCUCAACGGUCGCCAGCGUGUGAUCAAGGUCAAGGACGAGGCUGCAGGCGUGGCCUCGACGUUGAAGCCAAAGGCCACGACGAUGGCUGGUUCUGUUGGUGCCCCGAUGCCUGGUGUUGUGCUUGAUGUGCGUGUGAAGAAAGGCGAGAAUGUGAAGGCUGGUGAUGCUCUACUUGUUCUGAGUGCUAUGAAGAUGGAGACCGUUGUAGCUGCUCCAGUGAGUGGCCGAGUGGCGUCAAUCCAUGCUGACGUUGGCGACAACAUGCUUGGCGGCGACCUUCUCGUAGAAAUUGACGAAACUGGCGACGAUGAAGAUUAA